AAAUUCUCUAAUGUGUACAAUAGAAACACGUGCGAAUCGCAACGCAUGUAAACUGUUUCUUGUUACGAUGGUGUUCCAUUAUACGUAUUAUGUUAUAUUCAUAUCGCGAUAGUGCUCCAUUAUGCGUAUUAUGUUAUAUUCAUAUUACGAUAGUGCUCUCUUAUUAACAGUCGCUUUAAAGUGAUCCGUACUAGAAAUCACAUUCUUGAUCACGAUGCAGGUCUCCUGCCCAAACAAUGUGAAAAUCUAUAACCUGAGCGCUGGGAAGUCUCUUCCGGAGUGGUUGACCGAACGGAAAAGGCGACAACUGUUAAAGAAAAAUGUCGAUAUACGACGACGCAUCGAGCUUAUCCAGGAUUUCGAUAUGCCCGGAGUCAGUACAUGCAUCAACGUAACGAAAGAUGGACAAUACAUUUUGGCAACAGGAAUAUAUAAGCCACGCGUGAAAUGCUUCGACGUACAAAAUUUAUCUUUAAAAUUCGAGAGAUGUUUCGAUUCGGAGGUUGUAGCUUUCGAUAUACUUUCAGACGAUUAUAGUAAGAUGGUGUUUCUGCAAUGCGACCGAACUAUAGAGUUCCAUGUCGCUCACGGCAAGUAUUAUAAGCUGAGGAUACCAAGGUUUGGAAGAGACAUGAAAUACCAUUAUCCUCUGUGCGAUCUUUUCGUCGUUGGAGACAGUUCGGACAUUUAUCGAAUAAAUCUGGAGAGAGGACAAUUUCUACAGUCCUUCUCUACAAGUGCGCCGUCCAUAAAUAAAUGUGAAAUAAAUCCGGUACAUCAACUUGUUCUUGUCGGAACUCAAGAGGGAUUGAUCGAGGCAUGGGAUCCAAGAACAAAAAGCAAAGUAGCCACCUUGGAUUGUGCUCUGUACUGUCUCGAGCAAGACAAUAGACUGCAGACUGUAUCUGCAAUUACCAGCUUGAAGUUUCAAGGUGGAUUAACUUUAGGUGUAGGUACUUCCUCUGGGCAGGUAUUAUUAUAUGAUAUUCGCUCGAAUAGGCCGUUUUUAACCAAGGAUCACAUGUAUGGCUUACCGAUCAAGAACAUAGAAUUUCAUCAGACAAUGGAUCUGGUUUAUUCUAUGGACAAUUCGAUUGUGAAAAUAUGGGAAAAAAAUAGCGGUAAAUUAUACACAUCGAUCGAGGGGAAACACGAUUUCAACGAUAUGUGCGUGGUGCCGAAAACUGGGAUGCUUUUGCUUGCUAACGAAGAUCCAAAAAUGCAGACGUAUUAUAUCCCAUCGCUUGGACCAGCUCCUUACUGGUGUAGCUUCUUGGACAAUCUGACAGAGGAGAUGGAAGAAUUGAAUUACGAGACUAUCUAUGACGACUACAAAUUUGUUACCGAGAAAGAAUUGGACGAGCUGGGAUUGUUGCACUUGAAGGGUACCAAUUUGCUCCGGGCCUAUAUGCACGGCUACUUUAUCGAUAUUCGACUGUACAAGAAAGCCAGAGACGUAAUGAAACCUUUCGAGUUCGAGGAAUACAAGAAGCGAAGAAUUCAACAAAAAAUACAGGAAACUUGUGGCAGCAGAGUACAGAUUCAAAAGAUGCCGAGCGUGAACAAAGAUCUUGCUCUGAAGCUAAUGGACGACGAGGCGAAUGCAAAGAAGAAGAAGAACAACGCGUCCAACAUUUUGAAGGACGAUCGUUUUAAAGCAUUGUUCAGCAAUCCCGACUUCCAAGUGGAUACAAAUUCGGAAGAGUAUACACUAUUGAAUCCUGUUAUCUCUCGCCUUGACAAGACCAAAGCGAAGAAACUGAAGGCUCAAUUGGCCGAGGAAGAAUCGAGGAACAGGCAAAUGGAACUCGAAACGGAGAAUGAUCUACAACAGAGUUCAGACGAAAGUUUCAUUCACGACGAUAGUAGUUCGGAGGACGAGAGACAAUGGGUGAAAGAGGUUAAAAAGAAUUAUCGAUUGAUACGGAGAAAGGAAGAAAGCGAGGAAAACGCCAGGAACGAUGAUGAAACUACCGAGGAUCGUUCUCGACUUUAUGAAAUUAAAGAUCAUGUACAGUUUAAAGACGCCAAGCCGAUCGCAAACAAGCGAAACAAGGCCACUCUGGGAGACCGACUGAGGGGUCAAGAAUUCCGUGAUGUUAAAUUUUCUGGUUCUCGUGGUAACAGAGAAAUGACUUUCCGUGUAGAAAAGGGUUCGAACAAUGAGUCAAAAAAUGGGAAGGAUCCACCUCAACAGAAUCACGAGGAGAUUACUCAGGAAUCUACACCAUCUGGAUUAUCAGACUUGCAAAUACAAAGCACAGAAGUGGGAGAAAUCACCGAGAUGCCAGAUUUCGAGAUGCUGAGUACAUCCGCGGUACUUCAUUAUUGCAAACACAAGAUACUGAGACCGUAUCUGAGAUUAUUGGGAGUGAUGGGCUUGAGGCCAAUAAGUACCGACGACUCGGAUCGUUGCUCGCGUUAUUGUAUUCUUGUAAAUCUUCACACUUUCCAAGUCACGAUAUUCAUGUGCAUUGGAUAUAUUUUACAAUACAUGGCCUGCUUCAGAAGAGACCGUGGAUUUUGUUACAAGACCGCGCUGCUAGAACUCGAGAUACCAUCGGACACAGAUGCGGAACAAGUAGAAGAAAUUCAUUGCUUCGGCAACAUUACGUUCAGCUAUUUCGUUCCCAGUGUACUACAUUUGUUAGCUUACUUGUACACCGUGUAUCUGUUUCGUAUCCGAGAAAACGAACAGCUUCAAAAUUUGAUGGAGAGAGCGUUCCUUCUCUCCUCGAAUCCUGUAAAUCGUGGAAACCAAAGGAGACUCGUUCGAAUAUUAUGGUUGUUUAUAGCGCUAAGCGUCGUUUGGAUAAUUACCGCAUUGAUCACGGUAAACAUUUUAAUGGCGCAGGGCAACAUUGUGUUUCAGUGGUUGGACCACAGCCCGCAUCAAGUGAACAUAACACUGAAAAUAUUUUUAAUCGUGUGCACGCUGUGGCACGAUAUGGUCCAGGGAACAAUUAUAACUAGCUAUUGUUUACAAGGACAACUUCUGAUCGCGCAUCUGUACUUUCUUCGUGGCAAGCUGCUUCAUCAUACUUUACCCGCCAUCGAUUGGAUGCGGGAAAUUUGCGAGUUCAAGAAACUGUUGAAAUAUUUCAACGACGAAUUGGGCCCAGCCGUGUGCAUUUACACAGUUGUAAAUUUAUCGUGGGCCGCGGCAGGAAUAAUAUGGUUGCUUCGAUACGAUAACAGCAACCCGCAACAUAAUCCUGUCACUUGGAUUAGUAUACUCAAUGUUCUCCUUUGGAUUUUAAUAUCGCUGGCUCCGUUUAUUCAGGCAGCGCGUUUGACUACUGCCUGUUCAAUCAUUCAAAAUAUUGGACACGAAGUGCGAAUUCGACCCUUCGUUUAUCAGUGCACACCGGGCGAAGAUUUAGAUACUCUGCUUCUGUACACAUCGUCGCUGAAAAUGUGUGCCAGACUCUUUAGAGUGCCGAUCACGGGUCGAUAUCUUUGCCUAUUAUUAACUAUAAACAGCAUCUUAAUCCUCACAUUAGGCCUAUGUCAAUUUCUUUAAUCUCAGUAUUGUUCUCUCACAUUCUCUCUUCCUCUAUUAAAUAUUUUAAGUAUUGCGAAUGUGUAUGUUGUUAGAAGCAAGCUUUUACAAUGUAUUGUAUGUAUUUUAAGCAAGUGUAUCGAACUGCGAAGUUGCGUUAUUAUAAAAUGAAACAAAAAUUGUCGAAAGAAUAUUCAUACUAGAAUAUUUUAAGAUUACAUAUAUUUGAGAUAGAAAAUAUGUGGAAAGUGUAAGAACAAGUCUCUUUGAAGAGACUUUUAAUAAAAUUUAUGAAUUUGAAUAUA